AUGGAAAAGUCAAUCGAUGAAUUGACUACAUCGGAGCUGGGAACUCUUGAAUACUGGGAAAAAACUUAUUCUUUAGAAAUCGAAAAUUUUCAGGAUCAUAGUGACGUUGGUGAAGUUUGGUUCGGUACCGACAGUUCCAUUAAAAUUGUCAAAUUCAUAAGCACGAGGCUGAGUCUCUCAAAGGAAUCGGACAGAAUAAUCGAUGUCGGCUGUGGUAACGGCAUGACGCUCGUCGAUUUUGCCAAAGCAGGAUAUGAAAAUCUGAUUGGCGUCGACUACUCGCAAAAAGCCAUUGAUUUAGCGAGAAAAGUCGUGAACGAGGAAGGAUUUCCCACGAUAAAAUUACAAGUUCACGACAUUAUUGCACCUGUCAAUGUUUGCGAGGAUCACGAAUUCCAAUUUAAAUUGGCCCACGAUAAAGGGACUUACGAUGCCAUAAGUCUUCAUCCACAUGAUCCCGGAGAUAAGCGCAAACGGUACAUAAGAAACGUUCACAAAAUAUUAUCCGAUGGUGGCUUCUUUGCCCUCACAUCUUGCAAUUGGACGAAAGACGAGUUAAUAGAGCAUUUCAAAGACUAUUUUCAACUUGUACAUGAACUCCCGUCAAAGACAUUUUCAUUCGGUGGCCAAACGGGAAAUAAAAUUACCCAAUUAAUAUUUGUUAAAAAAUGAUGAAGAUAAGA